AUGCUGAGGCUGCUGUGCCUCGUGGGUCUGCUGGCCUCGCUGAUGUCCUGUGUCGCCCCACCGGUGCGUCCUGCUCCGGGCAGCCCCCUGUCAGACAGAGAGUACCAGUUCUUCUUCGCUCGCCUGCAGCCCCCCUGGAAGGCGGAGGUGUCCUGCCAGCUGCGCCAGGUACACGGCUGCCUCAGCCCCAUCAUCCUGCAGCUGGACCAGGAGGAGAACCAUGGCCGUAUCCCCAACGGGCCAGUCUGCUCUGACUUCCUGGAGGCACCAUGGUUUCAGACUUUCUGCCACUUCGCCCAGUACCGCUGCUUCACACGCCAGUUCUACAUCAAGCGAAUCCCAUGUCUGAAUUUGUCUCCUCCAAAAAGCCUUCUCCCAACAGAGCAAACCCACAUGCUGGGCUCCUGGACAAGGGGCAAAACCUCCCCUGCAGAAGAAGCUCCAGGGCAGGCUUUCUUGCCUGCUGACAGCCUGCUGCGCACCAGUGUUGACACUCUCCUGAAGUACUCCUAUGCACUGUCGAAUCAGAAACCAGUGCCAAGGAAUCUCGCCCUGGGCACAACAAAGCUGCCGAGACCCCAGCAAGGCAGGGGGCUGCCUGUGCCCCCACUGACCCUGCCAGUCCCACCUACCCCUACCCCAGUGGCUCCCUGGCUCGGACUCCCUGACCAGCCAGAGCAAGCCUGGGAGCAACGCCUGCAGAACAGCAUCUGGCAGCUGAUCCACAUGGCCCUUGACUUGGAGACGUCCCAGGUGGGCAGGAAGGGCUUUUCUCUGAACUCCAGCACCAAGCCAGACUCAGAGAGCACAUCAGGCAGCCCUGAGGAGGAGAUGCAGGAAACAGCAUCCCGUGGCAGCCUUUUAGCCCUGAAGGAGGAUGAGGCAGUGAUGAUCCUGUGCUAUGCAAUGCUGGAGGGAAACUGUCUCUCGUCAGUGGUCACUCAGGCUUGGAAGGAGAUGGAAGAAAGAAUCCUUGGGUUCGGAGAUUCGGUGUGUGACAGCCUCGGGCGGCUUCACAUGGACCUGUGUCCUAACUGUGCUUUCUGCUCGCUGAAGAGGGAGCAAUGUCAAAACAUCCAUACCCUGAACCGUGUUCACUGCGAGACAGGCAGCUUCUCCCCUUAUAUCAACCCUCAGAUCUCAGCCCAGCACCAGGCUGCAAGCAACAAGACCAGCUUCCCGGAGACCUCAGAGUACUAUGGCAUGGAGGUUUUCAGAGGGCUGAGGGCAGAGUACUGGUGCAGCCGGAUGGCCACUCACGGCUGUGAGGAUGCUCGAGUGGCCCUCUGGCUGAAGGCAGAGUACAGUGCCUUCAAAGAUGGAGAUGUCCCAAACCAGAUCUGUGACUCAGAUGGAAUUCAGCACCCUAGCUACUGUGGGUUCAAAAGCCACCAGUGUCUCCAGCAGAGCCUCAACAACCAGAGGCAUUUCACUGUGUCACCCGCUGGAACUCCUCCUGAAAACAUUUUUUCGGCCAAAGGAGCAGCUGAGCAUUGGAGAAGGUAUCCUCAGCCUUGGGAACCUGGAUUUAGAGUCUCUAGCCCAAGCAUCCUUGUCUGA